UUUGGAGAUUGUGACGAUGCAGAUUUAGCCAGAGCUGGUGUCUGUGUGAUGUGAUGAGAGACUGAGGACUAGGACUGAGACUGAACCUGAGGUUUGGCCAUGUCUGAGUUCAAGUCUAGAGUGCGCUGUCGGAGAGCAGGUGUCCGUGCUGCCGCCGCUCUUAUCGGACUCCUCCACCGUUCACGCAAGCGGUGUGAGAGACGGAGGUUGACGGAGACAGACGGCCAGUGGAAGCAGGAGUUGCUGACCAUCUCCAAUGUACCCCUGGCAGACUGCCCUCCUUCUCCCCCCAGAACCGCCCCUCCCACCAUGAAGUCUACUCCGUUUUUUGACAUGUUGGACAAGAUGGAGCAGGUUUCUGAGGUGGAGGAAAUGAGGCCACAAAGAUUAAAGGAUGAUUACAUUCCAUACCCACGGAUAAAGGAGGUGUUACAGCGGGGUGAGCCAUACCCUCAGGUUAUCCUGCCUCAGUUCGGGGGUUACUGGAUAGAAGAUCCCGACGCCUCUGCUGCCAUCCCUAACUGGGAGAAUGGCUUCUGUGAUGAGGAAGAUGAAGAAGGAAGCAAUUCAGGACAGUUUGGCUACAGACUGGAGAGUAACUAUGCCAUUCGCGCGUACCGCAAGAACUUUCUGGGCAGGGAACAUCUGAACUUCUACUGCACGGCCAGUAACCAUGGCAACCUUGUACUGUCCCUCAGACAUGAGGAGGUAAAGGAGCAAGAGUACCUGCACAUCAUUCUCAGGACUCCAUCAAAGACAAUCUAUGACAGGAUCUCUUUGGCGGGCUUGACUGAGCUCCCCAGUGUCCCUCAGUUAGCAAAGCUACUAUGUGAAGACAUUGUAGGUCUGAGGUUUAGUCCUGUGCUGUACCCAAAGGGCUCACAAUUAAUAGUGAAUUAUGAUGAGCAUGAGUUAAACAACACCUUCAAGUUUGGUGUCAUCUACCAAAAGUUUGGGCAGACCUCAGAGGAGGAGUUGUUUGGGAACAAUGAAGAAACUCCAGCAUUUACAGAGUUUCUCCGAGUGUUGGGAGACUGUGUAGAGCUGCAGGACUUUAAAGGGUUUCGAGGUGGUUUGGAUGUGUCUCACGGUCAGACAGGGUCUCAGUCGGUCUACACUGUGUUCAGAGGACAGGAACUCAUGUUUCACAUCUCCACCAAACUACCCUAUACUGAGGGAGACGCGCAGCAGGUCCAAAGGAAGCGUCACAUUGGGAAUGACAUUGUGGCUGCAGUUUUUCAAGAGGGUCCCACACCUUUUGUGCCCGACAUGAUCGCUUCCAAUUUCCUCCAUGCCUUUAUUCUAGUUCAAGUGGAAAACCCUGGAACAGAUGACACCACAUACAAGGUGUCUGUCACAGCCCGUGAAGAUGUGCCACAGUUCGGCCCUCAUCUUCCCAGUCCACCCAUCUUCAAAAAGGGUCCAGAAUUCAGAGAGUUUCUGCUGACCAAGCUGAUCAAUGCAGAACUGGCAUGCUACAGGUCAAGCCGAUUUGCCAAGCUUGAGGAGAGAACACGAACAGAACUGCUAGAUAACCUUCAUAAUGAGUUACACAAGCGCACGCAGGCAAUGCUGGGUCAUCCCCUCAGCGCAGAUGAAGAGAGGAUGGAGAACGGAGGACAUGGAGGAAUACUGGAGUCUAUUAAGCGGGCGAUGCGCGUGCGCAGUCACUCUAUGGAGGCGAUGGUGGGCUCGCAGAAACACGGCCGCUGCUCUCCGGCGGGAGGAGGCGUACCCACCAGCCUGAGCGGGGUCGGUCUGACACACAGCAACACUGAGGCUGCCAAGAGUUCUUCUCCAGUGACAUCGAGCACCAAGUCUCCUCUGAAAAGCCCAGUGAAGAGACGCUCAGGUCUGUUCCCGCGGCUGCACACCAGUAUGGACGGACAGCCAGAGCACCACACACGCAGUGUCCUAAUUGAUCAAAGAAGUCUAGACAGUGGUCAUCUCUCACAGGAAGUGAGAUCAGAGACGUCGUCCAAUCCUAGCUCUCCAGAGAUCCUAAGCAAUGAGAGGCCAUCUCUCAAGCUGAAGGAGGUCAUUGGAAGACCAGAUAUCUCUCGAUCCUCUUCCAGCACCAGCAGCUUCAGCAGUGCUGCAGGAGACCCAGAGACUCUGGAGGAGAAAGAGCCUAUUUCUCCCAGUCUCUCGCCUGUCUUUGGCUCUCUGAGCACAGAGGGACAGGGCGCAGGAACGCCAGUGAUUAUGUGCCGCAGUCCGACAGAUUUUAGGAAUAAAACCUCACCCAGAUCCAACCUGAAGUUCCGCUUUGACAGAUUGAGCCAGUCUGCUGCUGGACAUUAGCAAAGGGAAUGUCAAAGACGACCAGAACCAUUAAAAGCAAUGGAUCAGCACUGAAAAUCAAACAGUCGGGACAGAGGAGAGAAAUUAAGAAAGGACCCAUCACUCAAGCCUGUGCUCCCAAUCUGAACAUCACAGGAACAAGCUCAUACAGUUAGCAUCUCCUUUAGUUCCUGCAGGUGGUCAACUGGCACUGACUCGGCACAUUCAUUGAUUUUGCACAUUUUGAAGUCUUUCACUGUAAAAAUAAAUAUCUUGUGAGUUAAUAAAAUACAAACUUGGAUUAGCAGGUCAAUAAUAGUAACUAUCCUCACUUAAUAGAGUGUGAAAACAACAGAUUUUAUUUUAAUUAACAAAAUUCCCAGCACCUGAAACAUUCCACAGUAUUUCGAGACUCUAUUUUGAGACAUAAAUGAGUGGGACAAACUGUAAAAGCUUUCAUGAAACUAGCCACAAUAGAUAUCAUUGCACAAAUUAAUUUCAUAACAAAUCUAAAAUGCACUAGAGUGGUCAAACAUAAUAAAAUAGUCUAGCACAACAUUGCUUUCCUCUGUAACUCUCACACUUGUGCAAUCCCUGAAAAUCUGCCCUAAAAUCAGGCAUAGUUUGGAGAUGGUUUCAGCCUCUGCUGUGUUCCCUGAAGUGUUAUUUAUAAUAUAUAUUAUUAGAAUUAAAACUUGAAGUAUUAAACUCUUUUUUUAAAUGGUUACUUCCAUGACUGAUGCCUAGUAUAUUAGAAAACCACCAAUCACUCUUAUGUGUAUAUAUUUAUUGUGUAUAUUCAUGGAUUGAAAUGCAGAAGAAUAAACCUUUAUUGUCACAAACAGCUGAAAUGUGUGAAAAUGUGACACUUUUAGAAGGACUUCUCCAUUCUGGUCUUUGGUCAAAUUAUUUUUUUGUUUCCUUAUAGUAUAAAUUGCUUAACAGAAAGAGCUGUGUUAAUUUAUUUCUCUAUGAUUGUACUGCUGUGUAAAGGUUUCUGUAUGGCAAUGUUGAUUUUGUUAAAUAAAAUAUUGUAUUUUAAAGACUUUGUUCCAUUUGUAAGCCAGGCC